CCGACGCGCUUUACGGCGCUCUUGCCGUGUUGCGCGGCGCAGCCGGAGCCGGCGGCGCGGUUGGUGCGGUCGCGGCGGUCUGCACGGCGUGCUGUGGCGGUGUGCUCGCGCGGGGAUGAGCGCGCGCUGCCGGGCCGCGCAGCGGAGUCAUGGCCAGCACAGUGGUAGCAGUUGGACUGACUAUUGCCGCUGCAGGAUUUGCAGGCCGUUAUGCUUUACAAGCCAUGAAGCAUGUGGAGCCUCAAGUAAAACAAGUGUUUCAAAGCCUACCAAAAUCUGCCUUCAGUGGUGGGUACUAUAAAGGUGGGUUUGAACCCAAAAUGACAAAACGGGAGGCAGCAUUAAUACUAGGUGUAAGCCCUACUGCCAAUAAAGGAAAGAUCAGGGAUGCUCACAGACGGAUUAUGCUCUUAAACCACCCAGACAAGGGAGGAUCUCCUUAUAUAGCAGCAAAAAUCAAUGAAGCUAAAGACUUACUAGAAGGUCAAGCUAAAAAAUAAAUGUGGUGAAUUUUAAGUCCAUUAGUCUAUGUAUAUGCUUUUGUAAUAAAAUACCUCAGAGCUAUAAUUUGUGAAAUGA